AUGUCGGCCCCGUUGGUCAAGGUCCUCCACCGACUCCGGGAACUCUUCCACAACGUCGUCGCUACCCUCGAAAGAAUGAUCCUCUUCCCCUCCCUCUUCCGCGGCUUCUCACGCCGCCGCCGGAAGCCCUUCCUCGGCGCCCAUUGGAAACGCCGCUCCCUGGAGGACUUCGCCGACGAAGUCGAAUCCGCCUGCUCGACCCCCUUGACCACUCGCAAUAUGGCCGAUAUGUCCGAGAAGAUUCGUGCGCAGUUCCGCACGUGCCUCCAGGACAGCCCGUGCUGCAUGCUCCCAUCCUACGACACGACCCUCCCCGCUGGCACGGAGAAAGGCACAUAUCUGGCGUUGGAUGUGGGAGGCUCCACGUUCCGCGUGUCCUUGAUCGAGUUGAAUGGGCGAGAUGAGGAAGUGCGGAUCCUGAAAGUCUCCUCGGCGCAGAUCGAUAAUAGCGUGAAGCUGUUGGAAGGAACACAAUUCUUCGAUUGGAUGGCCGGGCAGAUCGAGGUGGUGCUCAGGGAGGUGGGAGUCGACUAUGGGCGUAGUGAGGUGCCGUUGGCGAUGGGUCUGUCCUGGUCUUUCCCGAUCGAGCAGACCUCGCACGGAAGUGGAUUGGUGGUUCAGAUGGGCAAGGGAUUCAAGGCUUCAGACGGCACAGUAGGUCUGGAGCUGGGCGAUCUGAUUGUCCAGUCAUGUCGCAAGCGCAAUCUCAACGUAGAGGUCGCCGCCAUUGUGAACGACGGGUCAGCGGCUCUUUUGUCCCGCGCCUACGUCGACCCCAAGACUCGCAUGUCCCUCAUCCUGGGUACCGGCACCAACAUGGCCAUUCACUUCCCCGUCCACGAGAUUGGGAUGUCCAAAUUUGGCGUCCGUCCCGAGGGCUGGUUCGACUAUGCCAAACACGUCAUCAUAAACAGCGAAAUGAGCAUGUUCGGUGGAGGCGUGUUGCCCAUGACUCGCUGGGAUGAGUACCUGAACCGAACCCACCUGCGUCCCGACUACCAACCUCUCGAGUACAUGAUCACGGGCCGGUACCUGGGCGAGAUCGUCCGCCUUAUUAUCGUCGAAGCCGUCGAGACGGCCCGUCUAUUCCACGGAGAGUUGCCGCACUCCAUGCGAGAACCCUACUCCCUCGACACCAGCAUCGUCGCCUUCAUCGAAGAGGACUCUUCGCUCUCUCUUUCCGCCUCUGCAGCCCUUCUCCAAAAGCAGCAUACCUUCCCCACUCUCCCAUCCGUUGAAGACCUACGCUUCCUCCGCCGCAUCUGCCAAUCCGUCUCUCACCGUGCAGCCGGCUACCUGGCCACAGCCAUUCACAGUAUGUGGUGUUUGCGCAACGAGGUUGAAUUCCCCACCACGCCCAUCACAGAGUCCCCUAACAAGGAAUCCCCCGAAAUCACCGUCGUCGAGAGCGAGGAUUCCUCCAAGAAUCUCUCCAUCGCUUGCGACGGAACAGUCAUCAACAAAUACCCUGGAUUCCAAGACGUCUGCCAGGCCUACCUGAACAAAUUGACCGAGGAGACGCACCCCGGGACCGGGGCCUCAAUCCGAUUGAAUCCUGCGCCUGAGAGCGCGAUCCUGGGUGCUGCCGUCGCCGUGGCCGUGGCCGUGGCUGAAAAGUCCGCUCUCAAGUGA